UCCAGGUGGACUUCAUCACCCAAGGCCAGGGUCCCAAACGCCACUGAAACCACCCCCUGCUUCCAGGCCGUGGGAGCUGCUAUUUGGCUGGGGUUCCAAGGGGCAGGGGAAGGUUAAUGUCUUCUGGAAGAUUGACUGCAAGAAGGCGAGCACCGAAAAGACACAAAACCUUAACGCCUUGGAAGGUUCCUGUCACAGCCAACCCCUUGUUUUCCAUCCCCUGCAAGAAGGAAUCAUUGGAGGUCAGACAGCAGGAAGAAUUUCCCAAGGACUAGAAGGGGUAGUAGCACUAACACCCUCUCUCAGGGUCGGUUUGGGAAGCUGUUGACCCUGCCUUGGCCAACAGUUUGGAAUCAGAGAGACAGGAUUGGCACAAUCCCCUGCAGAAUCCCCACAGGACUGCAGGGGCAGGGGAAGCCCUGGGGCAACCUAGGGAACAAAUGCGGAAAACUAGGGGACGUCAGCCCUUAUCUGGUGCUCAUUAAUGGGGAACAUUAGUCAGCUGUGAAGUCCAAGAUGGGGCGAUAGGCAUGCUGUGGGCGGGUGGGGCAUGGGGGGCAGGAGGCAGCCAUAGGGAAGAAGGGGUCUUGGCCCAAACUCCACCUCCAACUCACGUGCCCAAGUCCAGAAUGGAGGGACCCUAUAAAUGCCCACAGCCAGCCUCCCCAGAGACCCCGAGAGAAAGAGCAAGAGACGGAGAGACAGCCGCAGGCGGAGACCCCGGGGCCAGCCACAGCAGGCUCCCCAGCAUGUGGGAACUCCGCUCCAUAGCCUUCUCCCGGGCGGUGUUUGCAGAGUUCCUGGCCACACUCCUCUUUGUCUUCUUCGGCCUCGGCUCGGCCCUCAACUGGCCACAGGCCUUGCCUUCUGUGCUGCAGAUUGCCAUGGCCUUCGGCCUGGCGAUCGGCACCCUGGUGCAGGCUCUGGGCCACAUCAGCGGGGCCCACAUCAACCCUGCCGUGACUGUAGCCUGCCUGGUGGGCUGCCAUGUCUCCUUUCUCCGAGCUGCCUUCUACGUGGCUGCCCAGCUGCUGGGGGCCGUGGCCGGGGCGGCUCUGCUCCAUGAGAUCACACCGCCAGACAUCCGAGGGGACCUGGCCGUCAACGCGAUAAGAACGGCGACGUCUCUGAAGAAUCCUGGACAGUCUCUGUGGCCAACCCUCCUCUCUGCACAGGUGGCCUUCCUCAUGGAAGGGCCAGGGAUGUCGCAACUGGGGGACUUCUCUCUUCUUCCACACCGAAAAUAUGAUGAGGCUGAGGGCCGAGAAAAGGCUAGAGUGGCCACAACGGUGGACAGACUGAGAAGAGUGACCAUUUCCAUUGAGAAUGAAGUUAAUUCAGUGUGCAGCAAGACGAGCUCAGCAACAACUCAACCGCUGGCCAGGCAGUUACUGUGGAGCUUUUCCUGACCCUGCAGCUGGUGCUCUGCAUCUUCGCCUCCAC